CAAACCAAAAAGAUGAAAUCGAUGAACGGUGAGAAAACCAAUUUUGACCGGUCACUAAUUUUCAUUUUGCUCUCAAAUCGCGACUCCUCUCUGGGCUCUCUCCUUCUGUAUCUCUCUAAGGGGAACAACGAAAUCAUCACCUUCUCUUUUAUCGUCACCGGCGAUCAUUCAAGACUCGAUCUCCGGUAAUCAGAACAUUUUCAUUCGCCGACAUGGCGAUGACCAUCGAAGGUAAUCAAUCACCUAUCUUCCAACUGUAUCAUUUCCCGACGGAAUCGAAUCAGAUUCAAGUCGAUUUUCCCCUUUUACUUUUCUCCCUUGCUCUAUGUUCAUAUAUUCCAUACGUAUUAGAGAUUGGUAUUGAUUUACUCAGAUUAUAGUUAUUUUGUGCUUCGUGAAUUGUUUAAUUUUGUGAGCUAGGGUUUCUGGGUUUUGCAUUGUUCAAACUCACUCAUUGUUUGCUCUUUUCUAAAUUUUUUCCGAUGCUGAUUUCUUCUGGAAUGCUCAAAUUGCUUUCUUGGUACAGUACUUGCUGGACUUGCUUUCAUGUUUUCAUCUAGUAUCCUCCUACAGAUCCUGGUACGUUUCUGAAUAUAGCUAUCUGCUUAUAACCCUUGAAGCUUGAUCAUAAGAUCAUGACUUAGUAGCUUUAAAUCCUGCAAGAGAUGGUUAGCUAGUUCUGCUGUUAGGUUGUGAGCUGAGUAUACUGGUCUCCUUUUGUACCCUUGUUGAUGUAGCAAACAGAGUUGUGAGUCUUUUGGCCCGUUUUACUGGGAGAGAUACUCUGUGAAGUAAAGUUUGUUACAUUCAAACCUUCUUUCAUAUUUGAAGUUUUGAGCUUUACUCUCUUGUAGUAUGUUGACUAGCGAUCUCUGGAUCCCAAAAACCAAAAUUACACUUAGAAUUCUUAUCCUUACAACACUAUUUGACCGGAGCAUAUGGUAAGCUGGGGUCCUUAGCCGACCUCAAUGUCUAACUUGUUAAUUGACUUAGACUUUCUGAACAACUUCUAUAAACUCAAGCAUCUUCUCUCCUCAGCUUAUAUCAGGUCCUUGUAUAGGUAUAGUUUUUUUUUUUUUUUGCACUUCGAUUAGAAGAAGAAAGGAUCAUCUGAUUUACAAAUCUGAUACGUUUCCCAUAUUUUGUGAUUUCCUUUGGUAUACCUGGUUAUACCAUGCAAUGAGUAACACGUGUUAUAGUCAUCUGGGAGAUAUAGUGAUAACUAUUUGUUCAUAAUGGUCAGGCAUGCGCGAUAUAUGGUAACUGGUGGCCAAUGCUAUCAGCACUCAUGUAUGUAGUGGUGCCUAUGCCUUGUAUGUUCUUUGGAGGAGGCUCAACCCAAUUCCUUAUUAGUCGGGACGGUGGAGGGUGGAUAGACGCAGCGAAGUUCUUGACCGGAGCAUCGACCGUGGGAAGCCUUGCUAUCCCAAUCAUCUUAAGGCACGCACAGAUGAUCGAGACAGGUGCAAUGCUCAUAGAGUUCACAUCAUUCUUCAUAUUCAUUUGCACUGUCAUGUGUUUUCACCGGGCUAGUCUCGAUGAUGACUGGUAACGUAGAUGUUGCUGCUCGUGAAUUACUAAUUGGAUUCGUAUGAGAAAGAGAGUGUGAAGAAAAGAUGAGGUUACUAUGAGUGGUUAAGAAAGUUGUGUUCUUCUCCCUCUUUUUGUAAAGCUUUGUAUCACUCAAUGUUUGUAAAAAGUUUUAUUCAUCACUGUGAAUCUUUUCCUGAAACUAAGUGCCAAAAUAUUUUGUUUCGCAUGUUUAGGAAAAAGUUUAAUUCAUC